AUGGAUAUGGUGCGGAAUGAAGAUGAGGGUCUCAAAGUCGAGCGAACCGAGCUGGAUUUGAUGUAUGAUUGGUGGCCCGAUAAUUUCGGUUCACUGUUCGACAUGGGUUGCAAGGCUUUCGAGAUGCUUUUUCAUCAUCGACCCCAGCUCAAAUCCUACUUUGCCGAGGAAUGGAAAGAGACUGAAACGAUCAAGAAAAUCGUGCUCACUUUGGAACAAACGCUUGUGCAAUGUGUGAAUACGUAUGGCGAUGUGGCGGCUCCAUUGAAUGCACAUGAUGAGUUCUUAAAGCAUUUGAGAGAGCUCGGCGGCCUUCACCGAAUCAUCCUCCCCUCACUGAACCUCGACAAUUUUGAGUUGUUAUUCAAAUUGUUGCCAGAGGUUAUUGUCGAUAUGACAUCGGCUAGACGAACAGAUGGGCCGAUCCCUCCCGAGAUCCGGAAGCGGUUGUUCGCCGUUUGGCAAGCCGCUUGCAAUUUGAUGUCAAGACAGGUGGUUCUUGGCUGGGAGCGACGCGCCGUCCCGACGAUUCCCAAGUUCGCGAAAGCCGUUCGGAUAUUUGAAGAGAGAAAAGCCGAUCCACCAGCCGCAUCCUCAUCGGCAAAGAAAUUGAGUAGUGGAUCGAUAAAGAAAGACAGUGUGAGAAAGACCUCGGCUGGGACACCGUCCUCUAGUAAAAACCCUGCAGGUCAACCCAGACAACGAGCCGAAAGCUCUGGCGCGACGAUGGGUCUGGGAAAUGAGGGAGAGAAAGAUCCAUCUGCCUCACAAAGCCCACAACAUCCAAGAAAUGAACCACUUCAAGUACACGAUGUUGACCUUGAAAUGAUUUUCAAG